AUGGACAGGAACCGCUGUAGAAGGCAUCGAAAUCCUCUACUGAGACAGGUGGAGGAGGACAUCAAAACAGAGCAAUGUAAGCGCAUUCUUGGGAAGGAAGAUAUUCCUCUUUGGAGGGGCAGAGGAGACAUUUACAGGCAAAAGUUUAGCUCAAAAGAGACUUGGGAAAACAUGAGAAAUCCAAAUGCUAAAUGGGAUCCAUGGCAUAGCAUUUGGUUCUCCUCUGCAACUCCCAAAUUCUCUUUUGUUACUUGGCUGGCGGCAAAAAACAGAUUAUCCACAGGUGACAGAAUGAUCAAGUGGAACAGCAAUGUUAAUCCCAAAUGUGUAUUAUGCGGUGACUUCAUAGAAACCCGGGACCAUUUGUUCUUCGAGUGUACUUAUACACAGACUCUCUGGAAAGCUCUUGCGGCGACAAUCAUGGGAUCAGACUUUACAAUCACAUGGGCCAGUCUCGUCGAGGGAAUGUCCCGUCCUCUUGGUAAAUCGGUCACCUCGUUUAUCACCCGUUAUGUAUUCCAAGCAGCCAUAUAUUCUAUAUGGUGUGAACGAAAUGGUCGAAGACACGGUGAACAACACAACUCUGGCGAAGCUUUAUUCAGGAAGAUUGAUCGCAUUGUGCGUAACAGGUUGAGCACAAUCCAAAACAAAAUGAAGAAACUCACACCACGUCAACGUAAAAACAGAGAAGGUGAUGUCAAAGAUGAGAGUGAUGGAGAAGCUCGUGGGGCUCUAGAAAAUGUUUGUGUGGCUAUUGCUGAUGAAGAUUUUGGUGAUGACAUGAACGACGGCAAUGGUGGAGAUGACGUGAAUGACGACAACAAUGGUGUGGCUGUUGAAGAAUAA